UGCCACAUUGUUCAUACACUCUUAUUUACACAAUAUAAACACACAUGUUAUCAGUAGCUGCUCUUCUCUCUUGUCCACUGGCUGUCUGUCUGUCUGUCUGUCUCAGUCAGUCCAGUAGGUGGCGGUAGGGCGCCUCUAAUCUCGUUUGCCAACCGUGAAGACGCAUAAGAAGAAGAAGAAGAAGGAGAAGGAGCAGCAGCAGCAGCAGCAGCAGCAGCAGCCGCAAGACCAGGACCAGGACUGUGUUUUUGUGAUAAACACCAGGAAACUUGUUUAAAUCAGCGGAACCGGAACCGGGAGCCGCUCAUUUCACCGCGAUCAAAUGUUUUUCCUGAAGUGUGAAUCUGCAUCUGUGCAGCUUCUCCGACUGUUUUCUACCAAACCUUUACCCACUCUCACUCUGUUCACCAAGGACCCGUGUCCUCUGUGUGAUGACGCCAAAGAACGACUGGAAACAUUUAAACACAGAGUGAGUCUGAGGCACGUGCAACCAUCCAACCACACGCACAUCCAACCACACGCAUAUCCAACCACACACACAUCCAACACGUCCAAGCACACAUCCAACAUGGAGGAGUUGGUUGUCUCUUACCCUCUGUGUCUGUCCCUCAGUUUGUCCUGCAUCAGUCUCACUGAGAACAGACUCUGGUUGGACAGAUACCAAGCACACGCAUAUCCAACCACACGCAUAUCCAACCACACGCAUAUCCAACCACAGGCACAUCCAACCACACGCAUAUCCAACCACACGCAUAUCCAACCACAGGCACAUCCAACCACAGGCACAUCCAACCACAGGCACAUCCAACCACACGCACAUCCAACCACACGCAUAUCCAACCACACGCACAUCCAACCACACGCAUAUCCAACCACACGCAUAUCCAACCACACGCAUAUCCAACCACAGGCACAUCCAACCACACGCACAUCCAACCACAGGCAAAUCCAACCACACGCAUAUCCAACCACAGGCACAUCCAACCACACGCACAUCCAACAACGCGCAUCCAACCACACACACAUCCAACACGUCCAAGCACACGCAUAUCCAACCACGCACACAUCCAACACGUCCAAGCACACAUCCAACAUGGAGGAGUUGGUUGUCUCUUACUCUCUGUGUCUGUCCCUCAGUUUGUCCUGCAUCAGUCUCACUGAGAACAGACUCUGGUUGGACAGAUACCGCACGCAUAUCCAACCACAGGCACAUCCAACCACACGCAUAUCCAGCCACGCGCACAUCCAACAACGCGCAUCCAACCACACACACAUCCAACACGUCCAAGCACACGCACAUCCAACCACACGCAUAUCCAACCACAGGCACAUCCAACCACGCGCAUAUCCAGCCACGCACAUCCAACAACGCGCAUCCAACCACACACACAUCCAACACGUCCAAGCACACAACCCCUAACCCUAACCCACGUAUCCAACCACAAGCAUCCAACCACACACACAUCCAACUACACACAUCCAACACGUCCAAGCACACAUCCAACAUGUAGGAGUUGGUUGUCUUUCACUGCGUCUCUGUGUCUGUCCUUUAGUUUGUCCUGCAGCAGGUGGACAUCAGUCUCCCUGAGAACAGACUCUGGUUGGACAGAUACAGGUGGGACAUUCCUGUUUUCCACCUCAAUGGACAGUUUGUGAUGAAGCAUCGAGUGGACACUGCUCUGCUGGAGAAAUUGCUGCAGGAUGUUGAGAACGUAUCAAUCGAUGUCCAAUAAUCAAUAAAACCUAUCAAUCAUU